AUGGCAGCGAAAUCCGAUGGUCGCGGGGUCGUCACCGGUUUCGCCCAGCUGCACAACCUGGACGAGGUGGUGGGGACGGGAGAGGACGACACUCAGAACGGCAGCUCAUUCCACAUCUGCCACUGCUGCAACACCUCGUCGUGCUACUGGGGCUGCCGGAGCGCCUGCCUGCAUUACCUCCGGGGGAAGGGGAAGGGGAAAGGGAGAGAUGCGGCGCGGCCACCGCAGGAGGAGCGCCUCUGGCUGGAUUGCCUGUGGAUCAUCCUGGCACUGCUGGUCUUCUUCUGGGACGUGGGGACCGAUCUGUGGCUGGCCAUCGACUAUUACCACAAGCAGGACUUCCUGUGGUCAGGCCUGACCCUGUUCUUCGUGCUGGUGCCCUCGGUUCUGGUCCAGAUCCUGAGCUUCAGGUGGUUUGUGCAGGAUUACACUGGGGGCGGACUGGGCUCCGUGGAGGGGCUGAGUAGUAGAACUACAGCCAGUCUGCAAAGAGACAGGUGCUGUCGCCUCUCUGUCUGGCUCUGGCAGACCGUCAUACACAUCUUUCAGAUGGGACAAGUGUGGAGGUAUAUUCGCACCAUGUACCUCGGCAUACAAAGUCACCGGCAGAAGGAGAACCAGCGGCGUUUUUACUGGGCUAUGAUGUAUGAGUAUGCCGAUGUCAACAUGCUGCGACUGCUGGAGACCUUCUUAGAAAGCGCCCCUCAGCUGGUGCUGCAGCUCUGCAUCAUGAUCCAGAGCAACAAGGCUGAGUGGCUGCAGUGUGUUUCUGCCAUGUCCUCCCUCCUGUCCCUGGCCUGGGUGCUAGCGUCUUACCACAAACUCCUGCGUGAUUCACGUGAUGACAAGAAGAGCAUGAGUUACCGAGGUGCCCUAUUGCAUCUGUUCUGGCGCCUUUUUACCAUCUCCUCACGGGUGCUCUCCUUUGCCCUAUUUGCCUCUGUUUUCCACAUCUACUUUGGCAUUUUUGUGGUGCUCCACUGGUGUGCCAUGGCUUUCUGGGUCAUCCAUGGUGGCACCGACUUCUGCAUGUCCAAAUGGGAGGAGGUACUGUUCAACAUGGUGGUGGGCGUGGUCUAUGUCUUCUGCUGGUUCAGUGUACGUGAGGGCCGGACACGGUACAGAAUGGUGGCCUAUUACACAGUAGUAAUGUUAGAGAAUGCCAUCCUCAGCUCCCUUUGGUAUGCGUACCGCGACCCAGCCACCACUGACGCCUAUGCCUCUUUUGCCCUCUGUGGCGUCUUCCUGUGCUUUGCCUCAGGUGUGGCCUGUAUGGUUCUCUAUUAUGGGGUUCUACAUCCCAUGGGCCCCCGGCUGAGAGUGCUGGCCAGCUCCUGCUGUGCUGAGCUGCUGUGGGGCCUUCCCUUACCCCCUGAGGCUGAGCCCAUGGCUCCCACACCAGGCCCUCGUGGCUCCCAGGCCACUCCUACACGGGGUGUGGCAGGGGAAUAUGUGGAGUCAGAUGAAACAGCCACGGACACCUGCCUUCCAGUUUUCCAGGUGAGGUCCACAGAGCCUGUGGAUGCAGCCGGUAGGCCCAUCCAGGCUGAGGGUCCUCUCAUCAAGAUAGACAUGCCCAGAAAACGCUACCCAGCCUGGGAUGCACACUUUGUGGAUCGGCGCCUGCGCAGGACCAUAAAUGUGCUGCAGUACAUUAGCCCUAAUGCGGUGGGCAUCAGGUAUAGGGACGGUCCGCUUCUUUAUGAACUCCUGCAGUACGAAUCCUCCUUCUGA